ACAACUGGCAUAACUGGUCUUCCAUUGUUCUUACAAGUUGACAAAUUGUGUCAAGAGAGAGAGAGCCAACAACAAUGGAGUCCAUAGCCAUUCUUGAAAAGCCUCAUGCACUAUGCAUUCCUUUUCCGUCUCAAGGUCACAUAAAUCCCAUGCUAAAACUAGCCAAACUCCUCCACCACAACGGCUUCCAUAUUACCUUCCUUCACACCGAGCACACCCACAAACGCCUCCUUCAAUCUAUAGGACCCGACCCUCUCAAUGGCCUGCCUUCCUUUCAUUUCCGUACAAUCCCUGACGGCCUCCCUCCGACCAUCACCCGCACCAAUUCCGGCCGUGACACACCCUUCCUAUCCCAGUCCAUGUCUACAACUUGCUUAGCUCCUCUUAGAACCCUGCUUUCAGAGCUCAAUCACACUUCUUCAUCCAAUGUUCCUCCGGUAACUUGCAUAGUUUCAGAUGGGGUCAUGAGCUUCACACUCGAUGCAGCACAAGAGCUUGGCAUUCCUCAAGUAUUUUUUUGGACUACAAGUGCUUGUGGCUUUAUGGCCUAUCUUCACUUUCGCCACUUAAUUGAGAAGGGUCUCAUACCAUUCAAAGAUGAGAGUUACUUAACAAAUGGUCAUCUGGAUACUGUUAUAGAUUGGAUUCCAGGCAUGAAAGGUAUCCGCUUGAGGGACAUCCCAAGUUUUAUCAGAACUACAGAUCCUGAAAACUUCAUGCUAAAUUUUCUAAUCUCAGAGACUGAAAGAGCUCAAAAGGCAUCUGCUAUUGUAUUGAAUACGUUUGAUGCGUUGGAGCAUGAGGUUUUAGCUGCACUUUCUUCAUUACCAAAAUUGCCUUAUGUAUACUCCAUCGGCUCGCUUCAACUUCUCCUCAAUAAGGUGAAAGAUAGUGGGCUAAAGUCCAUUGGAUCAAACUUAUGGAAAGAAGAAUCUGGAUGUCUCGACUGGCUCGACUCAAAAGAACCCAACUCGGUUAUUUACAUCAAUUUUGGAAGCGCGAUUGUCACGAAAAGAGAAAAAUUGGUAGAGAUUGCUUGGGGACUUGCUAAUAGCAACAAAAAUUUUUUGUGGGUCGUUAGGCCUAAUCUUGUUUCCGGCGCCAACGCGGUUCUUCCGCCGGAGUUUAUGACAAUGACCAAAGAAAGAGGUUUUUUAGCAAGCUGGUGCCCCCAGGAACAAGUGCUAAGCCACCCAUCUAUUGGAGGGUUCUUAACACACAGUGGGUGGAACUCAACACUUGAAAGCAUUUGCGGAGGGGUGCCAAUGAUUUGUUUGCCUCACUCGGCGGAGCAACAAUUGAAUUGCCGAUACUGCUGCUUAGAAUGGGGCAUAGGCAUGGAGAUGAGCAGUGAUGUGAAGAGAGAUGAAGUAGAGAUGCUUGUGAGAGUGUUAAUGGAAGGAGAGAAGGGGAAGGAAAUGAAGAAGAAAGCCAUGGAAUGGAGGAAAAUUGCAGAAGCGGCUGCUACUAGUCCCAAAGGUUCAUCUUUCCAGAAUUUCGACAGCAUGAUCAACCGUGUGCUUCUGUCUUCUAAAAAUUAACCUUUACUAAAUGUAAAAGAAAUAAAGUUUAAUCAUUUCCAUUCCUCUUUCUUUCUAUCUUUAAUAUUACUAUAUUCGUGA